CAUGUGAUAUGAGUAGCAGAGUGAAGGGAAAAAAAACAAUGAAAUUGAAAGGAUUGAAAUCUCAAAUAUGUUUGUUAUUGUUGUUAGUGUUACUCCUCAAUUUCUCCCUUGUUUUCUUCACUCCCUCAAAUGAAGAACAACACCAUAUCAUUCAUAGAAUUCACUCAGAUUCUCCCUUCCCACCUUCUAUUACAAGAGGCAACCAACAUCUAAAAGAACUUCUCUCCACCGCUGCAAAUAAUGAUUCACUAGUUCAUACAAGGAUCACUAGUUUGGAGAGAAUUGAAGGUGGCUUGGCACGGGCACGAGCCUCCAUUCUUGAAGCUAUUAGGUCCAGCAACCACACAAAACCAAAAGGAUCCAUUUACUUGAAUCCUCACGCUUUUCACAAGAGUCAGAAUGAGAUGAAGAAGAGGUUCAAAGUGUGGGUGUACAAGGAAGGAGAACAACCAUUGGUGCAUGAUGGACCUGUUAACAACAAAUACGCGAUUGAGGGACAAUUCAUUGAUGAAAUAGAGAACAAGAAGAGCCACUUCAUUGCUAACAAUCCAGAACAUGCCCAUGUGUUCUUAAUUCCGUUGAGCAUAUCAAAGGUGAUUCGGUAUGUUUACAAGCCAAGAAGGUCGAGAUAUGACUAUGACCCUGAGCGCCUACAGCGUCUGGUGGAGGAUUACAUUUCUGUUGUUGCAACCAAGUACCCUUUUUGGAACAGAAGCACAGGUGCUGACCACUUUCUCAUUUCAUGCCAUGAUUGGGGUCCCAGAAUUUCGUAUGCGAAUCCCCAACUCUUCAAGAACUUCAUGAGGGUAUUAUGCAAUGCCAACACCUCAGAAGGCUUUCUACCCAACAGAGACGUGUCCAUCCCCGAAGUGUACCUGCCAGUUGGAAAGCUAGGCCCACCAAACACGGCCCAACACCCCGCUAAAAGGACAAUACUAGCCUUUUUCGCAGGUGGGGCGCACGGUUUCAUUAGAAAAAAAUUGCUCAAGCGUUGGAAGAACAAGGACAAAGAAGUCCAAGUCCAUGAGUACCUUGAAAAGGGCCAAGACUACACAAAGUUGAUGGGCCUAAGCAAGUUUUGCUUGUGCCCUAGUGGAUAUGAAGUUGCAAGUCCUAGGGUUGUGGAAGCAAUUUAUGCAGGGUGUGUUCCAGUUAUAAUUUGUGAUAAUUACUCUCUGCCCUUCAGUGAUGUCCUUAAUUGGAAUAAAUUCUCCAUGCAAAUUGAAGUUGGGAGAAUACCGGAAAUUAAGACUAUUUUGCAAAAUGUAACACAGGAUAAGUAUAUGGAGUUGUAUUUUAGUGUGAGGAGGGUUAGAAAGCAUUUUGUGAUAAAUAGGCCUGCAAGGCCAUUUGAUUUGAUUCAUAUGAUACUUCACUCAAUAUGGUUAAGAAGGCUAAAUUUUCGGCUAGUAACUUCAUAAUAAGCUGAUUUCUACAUAGUCUCUU